GCGGUGAGCCGAAGCAGGAGACCGCACGUAUGGGGUUUGGAGGCUCGCAAUCCUCUGUUAAUUUGCUCUGCAAUUAACGCCAACUACGCACGAAGUAUUUAAAGGACGCCUUUUGAAAGUAUGGAAGAGAUUUCGCGUUUUAUCCACAAAUGACGAAUGUUACGGAUGUUUUUCUCCUCUUUUCUUUUGGAUUAAUUUUUGAGGUACUGCGAUCUUGAGAUCACAAAUUACAUCGACUGAAGGACCUAGCCAGCGAGCUAGCUGGCUCGAUCCGCAUUUGAAUGUAACGUUAGCUGAGUCGGGCUUCUAGUCUGUUUGCCAAAUAGACUACAUUUAACGGGCGGAUUUCUGUUAGUUGACUUAAGAGGCAAGAACCGUUAGCUAACGUGUCAUAUUCCUCUUUACCUUGUUCUGUCUAGCGAGCUACAGCAGCUUGAUUCUGCAUCGUUUUCAGCACACGUUUUCAAUUGUGAAAUUGUCGCUCCGCUAAAUCAGACUGGCACAGGAGGGAUCUAAACGCGGAAUGCGACUUACCAGAAUACAUGUAAAAUAACUUCUAAAAAGAAACGAAAGAAAACACUUGACGCGAUUCCAAGUUCAGCAUCAAAAGGGAGCAUGUGCGUGUGACAGGUGUCAGCCGUGGGAUCUUUCAAGCUCCUCCCCUUGUUGGAGCCCCUUCUCAAUAGGACCGGAGACCCCCUUUCUCACUCCCCACCCUGCGGCCUCAACUUCACAGCUGCUCUGAGCCUGCGCCAUGAGGAAGUUUGCCUACUGCAAGGUGGUGCUGGCCACGUCGCUGGUGUGGGUGAUGCUGGACAUGUUCAUCCUGCUGUACUUCAGCGAGUGCAACAAGUGUGACGACAAGAAGGAGCGGGGCCUGCCGGGGAGGGACGAGGUGGUCCAGAGGCCCCACGACGGCCCCGGGGAGAUGGGCAAGCCGGUGGUCAUCCCCAAGGAGAACCAGGAGAAGAUGAAGGAGAUGUUCAAGAUCAAUCAGUUCAACCUUAUGGCCAGCGAGAUGAUUGCCCUCAACAGGUCGCUGCCAGAUGUGCGUCUUGAAGGGUGCAAGAACAAGCUGUACCCAGACGACCUUCCCCGCACCAGCGUGGUCAUCGUCUUCCACAACGAGGCCUGGACCACCCUCCUGAGAACGGUCCGCAGUGUCAUCAACCGCUCGCCACGCCACCUGCUGGAGGAGGUGGUGCUGGUGGACGAUGCCAGCGAGAGGGACUUCCUGAAGCGGCCGCUGGAGCAGUAUGUACGGAAGAUGGAGGUGCCAGUGCGGGUGGUGCGCAUGGAGCAGCGGUCGGGGCUGAUCCGGGCCCGGCUGAAGGGGGCCUCCCUCUCCACAGGGCAGGUCAUCACCUUCCUGGACGCCCACUGCGAGUGCACCGUCGGGUGGCUGGAGCCCCUGCUCGCCCGCAUCAAGCUGGACAGGAGAACCGUGGUGUGCCCCAUCAUCGACGUGAUCAGUGAUGACACCUUCGAGUACAUGGCUGGCUCGGACAUGACCUACGGAGGCUUCAACUGGAAGCUCAACUUCCGCUGGUACCCCGUCCCCCAGAGAGAGAUGGACCGGAGGAAAGGCGACCGCACCCUUCCUGUCAGGACGCCCACCAUGGCGGGAGGCCUGUUCUCCAUCGACAGGGACUACUUCCAGGAGAUCGGCACCUACGAUGCAGGCAUGGACAUCUGGGGAGGCGAGAAUCUGGAGAUCUCCUUCAGGAUCUGGCAGUGUGGCGGGACCCUGGAGAUCGUCACCUGCUCCCACGUGGGUCACGUGUUCCGCAAGGCCACACCCUACACCUUCCCCGGGGGCACCGGCCAGAUCAUCAACAAGAACAACCGCCGCCUGGCCGAGGUCUGGAUGGAUGAGUUCAAGAACUUCUUCUACAUCAUCUCCCCCGGUGUGACCAAGGUGGACUAUGGGGACAUCUCUUCCCGGACGGCACUGAGGCAGAAACUGCAGUGCAAGCCCUUCUCCUGGUACCUGGAGAACGUGUACCCCGACUCCCAGAUCCCCCGUCACUACUACUCACUGGGAGAGAUCCGUAAUGUGGAGACAAACCAGUGUCUGGACAACAUGGCCAGGAAGGAGAACGAGAAGGUGGGAAUCUUCAACUGCCAUGGCAUGGGAGGAAACCAGGUGUUCUCCUACACUGCCAAUAAGGAGAUCCGCACAGAUGACCUCUGCCUGGACGUGUCCAAGCUCAACGGGCCCGUCAUGAUGCUCAAGUGCCACCACCUGAAGGGGAACCAGUUAUGGGAGUACGACCCCAUGAAGCUGACCUUGGUGCACGUCAACAGCAACCAGUGUCUGGACAAGGCGUCGGAGGAGGACAGCCAGGUGCCCAGCGUCAGAGACUGUAACGGCAGCCGGUCCCAACAGUGGCUCCUGAGGAACGUCACCUUGCCCGAGAUCUUCUAAAGGCAGCGCCAGUGGAGAGAGAGAUGGAGGGCAAAUGAGAGAGAGAGAGGGAGAGGGACAGCGAUUACACAGACUCCAGAUCAACGGAAAGAGAGCGAGAAACGAGUGGGAAAAUGUUUUUCGAUUGGGCUACCUCGCCACGCUUUUCUGCCGUCACGGCAAAAGAGGGAUAAAAAAAACACCCCCCCCAACCCUUACACCCAGAACUCGAGCGCUCAAGGAAAGAAACUUGAUUCAUGUGCACUUGCCUUUCCUGGAAGAGGCAGUCGUCCCAGUACCGCUUGCAUACCGGUUAUGUUUACGUGACUGCCUCUGUUUAUUUCUGUGAGUGCGUGAGUGGGAAUAUUUUUCUUUUUUUC